GUAUAGGAAAAGAAAAGGCUCAAGUGGCUCAUAUUUUUUUUACGAAGUCUUGUCGAGGUCAAUAACAAAUGCCAGGAAACAAAACUUUCCCGCCGCCGGCCGGCGUCACCAUGAAACAACCCCAUCAAGGUGGGAGGACCGUACCGGAAAAUAUCGGGAGCAAAAAAUCAGACCAGAUUUUCCCCCGUGAGGCAUGAAUCCAGUGUUCCAAGCUCCCAGCGGAACAAACAAGGACCAAUCCGUCCAGGGAUCGGUGGAGCCCGAUCCGUUCGAUUCGUCGACCAAGGGAGCGGCGAAGCCGCAGUCUUCAUCGUCGUCGCUGAUCUUCCUUGGUACGGGGUGCUCCGGCUCGUUGCCCGACACACGGUGCCUCCUCAAGCCGUCGACGCCGCCCUGCGGCGUCUGUUCGAUGGGCGUCUCCCUCCCUCCGGAGCGGAACCCCAACUACAGGCUGAACACCUCCCUCUUGAUAGAUUAUUGCCAUGACGAAACCCACAAGUACAUCCUAAUUGACAUUGGCAAGACCUUCAGAGAACAAGUCCUCCGGUGGUUUGUCCACCACAAAGUUCCUUCCGUUAAUUCAAUCAUCCUGACUCAUGAGCACGCGGAUGCUGUCUUAGGCCUUGAUGAAGUCUGGGUGGUACAACCAAGAAAUGGCAGAAAUGACAUUGAACAAAUUCCUAUUUUUCUCACACAAUUCACCAUGGACAGUAUCGCAAGAAGAUUUCCCUACUUGAUGGAGCAGAAGCCAGAGGAUGGUGAUGAAGAUGCCCAAGCCGCGAAAAUUGACUGGAAGAUAAUUGAGGAUGAUGUCGACAAACCAUUUGUAGCAUCAGGGCUAGAGUUUGUGCCGUUGCCGGUAAUGCACGGAGAGGGGUAUAUUUGUUUAGGCUUUUUAUUUGGGAGGAGAGCCAGAGUUGCAUAUUUAUCUGAUGUUUCGAGAUUUCUACCUAAAACUGAGAACGUUAUUUCAAAGUCUGGUGCUGGACAACUUGACCUUCUUAUAUUAGAAGCAAACGCUUUGCAUGGAGUGGGAGAUUCUUCCAGCACCCAUUUAACUCUGAGUGAGAGUCUUGAUGCUAUCAAGAGGAUCCGUCCUAAACAAGCUCUUUUGAUUGGAAUGAGGCAUUUUUUUGAGCAUGAAAGAGAAAACCAGAUGUUGGCCGAAUGGUCAAUCAGAGAAGGAAUAUCUACACAACUGGCUCAUGACGGCCUGCGUGUAUUCAUUGAUUUGUAAUAAGAUUUGCAGCAUGCCAGCAUCCAUAUGCCCAUAUCUCUGUUGCUGAUUGUACGAAGAUCUGCCAGACCAGUAGUCUAGCAAUUAUUUUGUGAUUUUUUAUGUAUCCAAAAGAUUGUAAGUUUGGUCAUGUUGAUAUUUUUAUACACUGCAGUAUAUUGUAUUGUUCUCGUAGAUUUUAAUUGGAUAACAGAAUGAUGUCCUAAGCCAACAGAAAAUAAAAGAUUAUGGAUGUGGUAACAAGUUAAAGGAUAUAUUGUGUAUAGUAUGAGCUUUCAA